AUGUGUAUAAUAUCAUCAAAAGAACUUCCAAUCAUUUCCUUUUCAUCAAUGGAGAAUUUGAUUCUUUGGGAAUCGUGGAUUGAUCAAACAUGCUGCAGAGGCUCGUUAUUUUAUCUACAAUUGCUUGCGGCGCCUGAAAAAAGUCGUGCCAACUUAUCACUGUAUCGUGAAGUUCGUUUGCAUAUGCAUGAUGGUCGAUUUGCAUUGGUCGAAGGUCGACCUCAGAGAAUUAUUGGAUUUUGGCGCAUUAAGGAUGUAAUACGGAUUUCCUUUAUAUCGAACGUGUUACAUUUCUUUGCACAUGAUCCAUCCGGCGUCGACGACGGAAUGUACUCGCUAGCAUGCGGAAAAAUUGAAGAAAUUGAGAAACAUUUUUCGAUGUGUAAAAAAGCAGGUGUGCUACUGUCAUAUCUCCGACAUAAAUCUGGCAAUGACUGUUGGUUACAUGCUUAUGCUGAAUCUGUAUCACCAGUAUCAAAUCGAUCAUAUACAUUCCAUUAUCCAGUUCUGCAGUUUAAUGAUGGGUUUCCUGAGGCUGUUCCGCCAUCCCAGAAGCAAGUUGCAUUUUUUCAUUCUUAG